ACAACCAUUGGACUUACCAUCCAUUUGCCUUUAGUUUGAACAACUGCCUGCUGCUAAUCCCAAUACUGAGCUGGACAUGGCAUUCAAUGGAAAAUGGAAAAUCCACAGUCAGGAGAACCAUGAAGAGUUUCUUAAAGCAAUGGCUGUCCCUGAGAUGUUGAUCAAAAUGAUCAAGGGUGUCAAGCCAACGACAAUAAUUGAGCAGAAAGGUGACGACUUCACCAUCAGAGUUGAGACUCCCCUCCGUACUGUCACCAACUCAUUCACUAUAGGGAAGGAGGCAGAAAUCACUGCCAUGGAUGGGAGAAAGUUUAAGUGUACUGCCAGACUGGAGGAUGGGAAGCUCAUCUGCGAUACAGAGAAGUUCUCCCACAUCCGGGAAAUCCAAGGGGAGAACAUGGUUGAGACUAUCACUGCGGCCUCUACAACCCUCACCAGGAUAAGCAAGAGAGUCUGAUCUCUAAAGCCACAGAGAAAAGGAUUACAUUUUCAAUUAAUUUAAAUGACCUUUUAUCUCAGGUAAUAUAAUAGCUAUAAAAUUUUACAUUAAAAUGACAAAUGACUCAACAUUGCAUCUGCUMAUUUUAUGUCUAAUUUGGACACAUGCAUUUUAAAAGCCCCAAAGCAAAUGUACUUCCCUAACAAAACCAAUACAAAACGGAUAGCUUUUCCUGACACCUUGUGGUUAUUGAAUAAUCUGCAAUCAUUGUAGUACUCAGCAACAAAUGUAAACUUGUGGGAUCAUAUUUUCACUUCAUCAUUAACUAGCAACGGUAGACAACAAUGACUAGCUCAUAAUCUCUUGUGUUUAUUUCAUAUUUUAUCUGGAUUUUAUCAU